AUGGCCAGGCAAAGAAUGAUCAAAGCUGAGCAGUCAAAGAAGAAAAUGGGUGGAAUUGUGAAGCUAAAGAAUGUUGUAGAGAGGUUGGUGCAAAUCAAAGGCUUUUCAUCAGCCAAGAAACCGUAUUCCGAAGAAUACGGUCGGGAUUGUGUACCCAAAGACGUGAAGGAAGGCCAUUUCGCAGUGAUAGCCGUUGAUGGAUAUCAUGAGGCUACACAAAGAUUUGUUGCUCCAUUGAUGUUUCUAGAACACCCGAUGUUCCGGAAGCUUCUAGAACGGGCGGAGGAGGAGUACGGAUUCGAUCACGAGGGAGCCCUAAUGGUACCUUGCCGGCCAAGUCACCUCCGGUUGAUUUUGACCGAGCAAUGGAGUUAG